CAGAUCAAGCGGGAGAUUUCGACUAUGAAGCUGAUCAAACAUCCCAAUGUGGUCCAAUUGCAUGAGGUUAUGGCGAGCAGAACGAAGAUAUACAUGGUUCUUGAAUUUGUUGAUGGAGGCGAGCUAUUCGAUAAGAUCGUCAAUUCUGGAAGGAGAGGAUGAAGCUAGGAUAUAUUUUCAUCAACUUAUAAAUGCAGUUGAUUAUUGCCAUAGCCGAGGAGUGUACCAUAGAGACCUGAAGCAAGAGAAUUUGCUUCUGGAUUCAAAUGGAGCUCUUAAAGUUUUAGACUUUGGCCUAAGUGCAUUUGCACCACAAACAAAUGUACGAUCUCUAGUCAGUAGCUAGAAACAAAUGUACUAUCUAGGCACUCUGUGUCACGCAUGUGACCCGGUCCCGGAUUCAUGACCCAUAGUCGAGUGUACCCUCUUUCUAACUAUCCAAGCACUCCAUGUCAUGUAUGUUGUACCCAGAAUGCACGAUCCAUAGUCAUAUGAGUUAGAACAACUCACAUGUAACUGGAUGAUGAGAUGUGUAUUAUUAUGACUAUAGAUGAGACUUUUGUGAUG